CGGGGCGGGGCGGGGCCGGGCGAGGCUUUUGUUCGGGCGGCGGCGGCGGGGCUGGGACCGGGAGCGCGGCCGGGGCGAUGUCGUACGUGCCGGGACAGCCGGUCACCGCCGUCGUGCAAAGAAUUGAAAUACAUAAGCUUCGCCAAGGUGACAACUUGAUUCUGGGAUUCAGCAUUGGAGGUGGCAUUGAUCAGGAUCCUACUCAAAAUCCUUUCUCUGAAGAUAAGACUGACAAGGGCAUUUAUGUAACAAGGGUGACAGAAGGAGGCCCAGCAGAAGUUGCAGGACUUCAGAUUGGUGAUAAGAUCAUGCAGGUGAAUGGCUGGGAUAUGACAAUGGUGACCCAUGACCAAGCUAGGAAGAGGCUGACAAAAAGAAAUGAAGAAGUGGUGCGGCUGCUGGUGACCAGGCAAUCUCUGCAGAAGGCUGUGCAGCAAUCCAUGCUGUCCUAAUCAAUCAUGAAGUUGGGGAGGGGUUGGGGAGGGAGAUGCAUAGACUGGAUAUCAAGCAAGGGAGCAAAGGCUAGAGCUGAACAGAUUCUGGAAGGAAUAUACGUUCCUAACUGUGGUAAACACUACUCUUAUUUUCUCUGGUGUAAUUGACAAUAGUUAAACUUUAGAGAAGUACUCCGAGAGGACUAAAGUCUUCCCUGCAGGUACACGGGAAGGCUUUAUAAUAGUCAUGGCUUUCAGGAGGACAGGGCAAACCCUUUUAUUUAAGGAAAAAACUGGAGAAGCCUCACUUUUGACAGGAUUUUUCUGGAGCACGAAGGUUUCCUGUUUCAACAGGAAUUUGGUUUCUACCAAGGACGAUAAGAGGCUUUUGCUGUGCUUACACUUGUAGAAGUGAGCUGUUGUGUCCUCCCAUGCUAUCAAGUUAAAAUGCCAGGAUUAAGAGUUGCACACUGCUGUGGGGAAGAGCACUGUACUAAUCUCACACUGUGUGUUAGGUAGACAGAGCUUGCUGAAGGGUUUGGGGCAUUAUGGCUUACUGCAAAGACUUUUGGUACAGAGCAGCCUCUUCAGACAAAAAAAAAGCUGAGUAACAGUUAUUAAUACCUGGGAUAGUUUUAGUGCAUUUCACGGGUAUUAAAGAGUUCUAGACAGUACAGUUCAGCUUCAUUGUCAGAGAACUUGAUUCUCUUUGUUCAAGAGUAAUUUGUAAUAUCAAAUGAAUCAAGUUUAAAUAAAAAAAACACUAUGGACCAGGAUGAGCAGGUAGAGAAAGUGCUGUUGCUAAACUUACCAAGAGAGCUGCUUGUAUCCAGAGUCUUCAGUUCUUCAUUCCACUUGUAUCGGACUAUUGGGGUAGAUUUUGGUCUCUUUUCCAUAAGACUGUUCAAAUCACUGAUUUAUUAAUUGAAGAGAUGAAUAUGCCAGUAACUUGUCAAAGUGCCUCUUAACCAAAUUUAAAUUUCUGGUAAGCUAUUACAUUGUUUAAAUCAACAUGUCACAGGAUUUAAGAUUUUUGCUGCACCACUGAGUUAAUUAUCUGGCUUCCUAGUGGUUUAACUAGCUAAAACCUGGCAUUUUUAAUCCACCUCAGUUGAUACAUAUCUGUACUUUCCUUAAGCAGUCUUCAGGUAAGCUUGUAAAUAGAACAUAAGAAGGGGGCAGUCUAACUUAUUCAGUAUGUUACUGCUGUGCUAUUUACAUGUUGUAUCAAUCUCAGACUUCUGUACACACCAGCAGAUGCCUACUUACCAUUUUUAUAUCUAUUUGAAUUACUUCAGUACUGCUUUUGAAUUUUGUAACUUAAGAAUUCAGUGGUAAGUUUUAAGGCUCUCAAGUUGAAGUUAUUUUUGUUACUGUAAAGAUACACUCCUAUUUGUACUGCUAUUUCACUUGAUUUUACACACAAUAAAACAAGAGUUGGAUUACC